AAUUGUAAUUUUGAACUAAAUGUGCACAAUGAAACAGUAAAUGGACUGGAAAGUAAAUCAGUUCUAUUGAAUGUCUCCUACUGUUCAUCAAUGGAUUUAACUGUUUUUGGAAUAUACUGGUACUUCUCUGGUAAUGAAAUUGGGUAUAGCAAAUUUAAAAAAGUGUCAUCGGGGACUACACAUGAUGACCCUCAAUAUGACAUAAGUAAAUUAAUUGUUAAGACCUACCUAAACAGAACAGAUAUCCUUAAGGAAAAUGGUUCACUUUUACUUCACAACUUAAAGCUAACUGACAGCGGAGAAUAUACUGUCAAACUUGAAGGAGAAAAAAUAAGUACCAAAAAGUUGGUCCUGAAGGUGACUGGACAUCAAGGUGGCGAGAGAUCAGACACUGAAUUAAAGAUCCAGAGUGAGACAAUAUAUGGACAAGAAAGUCAGUCAGUCCUGCUGAAUAUUUCCUACCAUUUUCCACGAAGUUCAACAGUGUUUGGAAUUUACUGGGACUUUUCUGAAAAUGAAAUAGGUUCCUGCAAAUUUAUAAACUGUUUGGCAUGGUCUAAGUUUAAUGAAUCUGGAUGUGAAAUAGUUAAGCUGUUCAUCACAUCCUACAAAGAUAGAGCAGAUAUUAUUAAAGAAAACGGCUCCCUUCUGCUUCACAACAUAAGCUUAAAUGAUGCUGGAAAUUAUAAAGUCAGACUGGAAGCAGGAACAAUAACUACAGGAAGGAUAACCCUGAAGGUCCUUCAGUAUCCUCAAGGACAUACUACUGAAAUUUGGUCAUCUGAAGCAAACUAUAUACGUUUGUCCAUUUCCUCAGUUGUGGUUGUUCUUAUAAUUUGUAUAAUUGUACUUCAUUUCAAUAUAACAGGUCCCAAAUAUCCAUCACAAAUAAUUACAAGUGCAGAAAAAGAGGCAGAAGAUAUUCAAAAGGCUUCUAUGAACAUGGGAAAUGAUCUAGUUUAUUCUGAAAAAAUGUGAACCACAACCAGAGAGUUUGGAGCCUAAAAUGCAAUCAGACGUUGUAUUUGAAGUUAUCUAAUUUUACAAAGCGUAAUAAAACCAGAAAAAUAGGUGUGGACCUCUUCAGUUUUCGAUCCUGAGUGAUGCCUGCCCCGAGUUUGAAGUUAUCUAAAAGAAUAACCAGUCAGAAGAUAUAAUCAAUGCACAUUGCUAGUAAUUAAUAACUGAAAGCCUUUGCUGUUUCAUUAAAACUGUCAUUAUAGUUUAGACUUUCCUUUUGCAGUAUGCUAUGAUAGUUCAUAAUAUAAUGUUUUUUUUUUGUUGCAACACAUUAAUGAUUAGGAGCCAGAUUCCAAAAGAGCUGGUCCCAAUAUAAGUCUGCCCUGAUUCUGAAAGACGUGCUCUCAUUGUAAGUGACUUACUUCAAUGUAAGGCCUAUCUAUAAACAGGCUUACUCUGGGGGUCAGAUUCCAGAAGACUUCCUCUGUGCCUGCUCUCAAUGUAAGUGGUCACUAACACUGAGAGCAAGUCUUUUGGAAUAAGGUUCCAGAUGUAUGUCUGGUCUUCUGCUUUUAUUUUGCAGCUGGAAAUGCACUGCUGUCAUACUACAGAUCUCACACGAAUUAUCUCACCUUGAUUUAGAACAUUUGUAAGAAUUAUAAAAUGAACAAUACAGCUUCAGCACUGUAGUAAUAAACAGAAGUUGAAAUAAUAAUAUGAGACUGUUCUACCGCUAUUUCAGCUACUGCAUACUUCUGAUGCUAAAAUUAUGU